UUUGAAAAGGAAGACAGACCUUGACUUACCAUCACUUUGCAGACUUUGUCAGACUUAUUUUUAACAAUUUUGAGUAUGACCCAGGACACAAAUUGACUAUUUGUCCCAUAUUUGUCUCAUCCAACAUCAUCAUGGCUGAUUCUAAUUUCCCUUUACCACCAGAAGAUUACUGUUCACUGUGUGUGGAGGCAUUGAGAGACCCUGCGACCAUCCCCUGUGGUGACACCUACUGCCUGGAGUGCAUCAAGAUCUAUUGGGACCAGUUUGACCACAUGGGUGUGUACAGCUGCCCACAGUGCCGCGCAACCUUCACACCACGGCCCAUGCUGAGACGCAAUCUGCCAGACGUGAAACACGAGCUACGGCAUCAGGAAGCCAGGAAAGAGCUCACUCCGUUCCCUUACAUGCACCGUGAAUCCUUUUGCGAUUUCUGCAUAGGCCAUCGCAAAAAGGCCAUUAAGUCAUGCCUCAUGUGCCUGGCCUCCUACUGCGAAACGCACGUCAAGCCACAUUAUGAGUCGUCCACCUUUAAGAGACACAAGCUGGUGGAUGAGACGGGCCACCUGGACAGGAAGAUCUGCCCCCAGCAUGAGAAAGGCCUGGAGGUGUUCUGUCGCUCUGACCAGAUGUGCAUCUGUGUGUUGUGCACCGUCAGAGAGCAUCGCGGCCACAACAUUACUUCAGCUGAAGAAGAGCGCAUUGAAAAACAAAAAGUGCUAGUGGUCACCCAGUCUGAAGUCCAGCACAUCAUUCAGGAGAGGAUGAAGGAGCUGCAGGAGCUCAAACACAAUGUGGAUGUUCUCAAAAGUGGUGCUCAGCGAGCACAGGCAGAAAGUGAUAAGACAUUCCACGAAAUGCUGCAGGCAGUGGAGCGCUGGAAGGCUGAAAUCCAUCAGAUGAUAAUGGCCAACAUUCAGGCAGCGAUGUCGCAGGCUGAGGGCUACGUGGACCGUCUGCAGCAGGAGAUCCUGGAGCUACAGCGCAGAGAUGCAGAGCUACGGCAGAUCCUCGAAACAGAGGACAACAUUCACUUUUUGCAGAACUUUCCGACCCUGUGCAUUCCUCCUGAGGCCAUGGUGCCUAAAGUGCUAAUCAACCCUCAGUUCUCCUUUGGAGAGAUAUGCAAGACAGCCACAGAGAUGAAGGAACAUCUGGACGACAUCUGUAAGAAGGAAAUGAGCAAAAUGUCCAAGACAGUUAGUGAAACCCCUGUGUACAUACUUUUGCCAAGAAAUGGAGAUGAACGACUCAAAGUUCCUUCCAGAAUUGUUUUUCAGGAGCCACAGUCUAGGACAGACUUCUUAAAAUACUCCUGCAAGAUGUCCUUCAAUCCAAACACAGUCUACAAAGAGCUGGUCCUGUCUGACGGGAACCAGAGGGUCACACGUAAGAAAACAGUCCAGUUUUACCCAGAUCAUCCAGAACGCUUUGAAGGCUUCUGCCAGGUGCUGUGCAAGGAGCCUCUGACUGGUUUUAGGUUUUACUGGGAGGCAGAGUGGAGCGGGGAGUUUUCCAUCGGGGUGGCCUACAAGAGCAUCAGUCGCAAAGGGAAGAAUUCGCACAGCCUGCUGGGCUACAAUGACAAGUCUUGGAUUAUCCUCUGCUCAGACUCAGGCUACUCUGCCUGGCACAAUAAAGUAGAACGGGACCUUCCUGAAGCUCCCAAGGCCACACGAAUUGGUGUGUACCUGGAUUAUGCAGGCAACACUGUGGCAUAUUACUCAAUAUCAAAGACCAUGGAGCUUAUCCACAGAUUCAAAGCUAAGUUUAAUGAGCCUUUGUAUGCAGGUUUUGGUGUGGGCUCCUCUGUUACCCUGUGCCAGCUGAAGCAGAAUCCCACGCCUGAAGAUUUAUUGUAAAGGGUAUAGAACUCUCAUUAAAUGUUGUUUCAAGGCUAUUAAUUAGGAUACAAACUUGUGUUUCAUGCAAGUAAAAUUUAUGUUGAUUUGCAGUAAUACAGACUGCAAGUAACAAUUCAAACCUCUACAGCUAAUGACAGAAGGCCUAUAUUCAACGGCUGUAUUCAAGAAUAAGAGUGUGUGUGUGUGUGUGUAAAUUUAAGAAUUAAGGUUAAAGGCACUUUAUAAUAAAGCAACUACGUAUAUUGAUAUAUAUAUUAAUAUAUUGAUUCCUAUUUAGACAAAUAUUCUAUUGCAUUUGUAAAGUAAUUUAACUGUUUAGUGACUAAUUUUUUUAAUGUUAUGUGACUGUAGCCUUUAGGAUGAAUGCCUUAAUGACAUGGUGUAGCUAUAAUACAAAUUCACAAAUAUCUGCUUAUAGACAAUUACAUUCAUUGUACAAUUUCCCCACUCUAUAGAGAUUAAAAAUAGGUGGGACAGAAUCUGUCAUGACAAAUACACAUAUUUACAGAGGAAAAAGUAUAAAAAACGGAGUGUGGUAUUGUUACCAUCAAGGAUGCAACAAUUGCCAUUGGGAGCUGAGACACAACUGUAAACACCAGAUUAAUCAAAAUGGUUUUAAAGCCCUUUUCUUUACGCUAUUACCAUUGUGUGUCCCUCUGCCCCUCCCCUGAGAACUGAGAAGCAGCAGAAAACCAUCAACAAGAAUUGAUACAAAACUGCUGUCGUUAAGAAAAACUCUUUGUAAAUUGAAAGACACAACAACAAUAGACAAUGUCAUUGCUUUCAGCAAAGAAACACAACAACAGGCCUCCUUGUACCCCAGAGGUUAACACUUAAGGAAUGUCACAGGCUGGACAGUUGCAAGGUAUUGUUCCAGGCCGAUGUAGCUCUACACCUGGGGAAGCAUAAAGAAGGAACAUCAAACUUAAGAACUGAAUUAGUUCUGUGAAGAGAGAGAGUGAUAGGGAGUGAUCCAGGAGAUUCAAAAUGCUCGAGAAACCAACAAGGAUCUCAUCCAAUAUCUGGUUGAGAGGGAUGAAGUCAGACAGAUCUUUUCUUACCACAGGAUGUAGGCAUUUAUGGGGAGACCAAAGAGAAGGUUUGCUGUGGAUGCAAUUAUUGACAAAAUUUUCCUCACAGUCUACAUGGUGUAUUGUCGGGUUACACCCAUGGUGGAUUUAUGCCUGCAUGGUUGAAAACGCAAACCUUCCUUUUUAUCUUGAUAAUAGAGACAGAAAUCAACACACAUAUUCUUGUUAUGGACAUACAGUAUGUAACAGUAAUGCACAGACUGUCAAUCUCAUUCUGUAACUGUGGAAGUCACAAUUUGUUAAUAAAUAACAAGAAAUGGCACACACAAAAACUGUAAUUUAAAAAAAAAACAUGAUUAACAGUCUUAUUUAUUUUUCUUAAAAUUGAGUAUCAGAAGUCCACAAUUUGUUAAUUUGUAAGAAUAUUUAUUCUGCAACAUGCAUUAUGUAUUUAAGAAUCUGAAAAUAAUCUUUAUAAAGCAUUGUACCUCAAGGUGCAACUUAUGAGAAAUCCUCAAGACAGAAACAUGUGUUCAGGACUGCCAGUCAACUAUAAUCUAUCUAUCUCCUUUGUGGACAGACAGGUCCCAAGUCCUCCCACACAUAUGCACAUUCACACAUGUUAAGUACAGUGGGGCUCUAAAGUGUGGGCACCCCAGGUAAAAAUGUGUAUUAAUGUGCAUAAAGAAGCCAAGAAAAGAUGGAAAAAUGUCCAAAAGGUAUCAAAUGACAGAGUUGAUAUUCGUAUAAUAUGUCACAAAAAAUUUGAUUUUAUUUCCAUCAUUUACACUUUCACAAUAACAGAAAACAAAAAAAUGGCGUCUGCAAAAGUUUGGGCACCCUGCAGAGUUUAUAGCAUGCACCGCCCCGUUUGGAAAGCUGAGACCUGACAGUGUCAUGGAUUGUUCUCAAUCAUUGUCUGGAAAGACCAGGUGAUGUCUCACAAAGCUAUAGAGAAAAUAGCAAAGCGUUUUCAGAUGCCAAUAUCCUCUGUUUGGAAUAUAAUCAAGAAAUGACAGUCAUCCGGAACAGUGGAAGUUAAAGCAGGAUCUGGAAGACCAAGAAAAAUAUCAGACAGAACAGCUCGCAGGAUUGUGAGAAAAGCACGUCAAAACCCACGUUUGACUGUACAAUCCAUCCAGAAAGACCUGGCAGACACUGGAGUCGUGGUACACCAUUUCAUUUAAAGCGAUAGUUGUACAAAUAUCUCUUGACAAAUAUGUCUUCAUGGAAGAGUCAUCAGUAGAAAACCUCUUCUACGUCCUCACCACAAAAAUCAGUGUUUGAAGUUUGCAAGUUAACAAGUCGACAAGCCUGAUGCAUUGUGGAAACACGUUCUGUGGUCUGAUUAGGUUAAAAUAGAACUUUUUGGCCAGAAUGAGCAAAGGUAUGUUUGGAGAAAAAAGGGCACAGAAUUUAAUGAAGAAGCUCUGUCUAACUGUUGGUAACUGAAUGGUUCAAUCAUGCUUUGGGGUUGUAUUGCAGCCAGUGGCACAGGGAAAAUUUACAGAGUAGUAGGAAAAAAAUGGAAUCAAUAAAGCAUGAGCUUGUAAAUGAGUCUGAGUAUGUAUUUUAAUUAGUCUAAGUUCCUAUUGUGAUUUAGAGCUAUGUCAGAGAGGUGUUGCCUUUGUCUUGCAUUAAAAGAGGGGAAAAAAUGAACGUAUCAUAACUGACUUUGGUCUUGUAUAAUUCUUGAUCCACAGUCUGACGAUGAGUAAAGCAUAAAAAUAACCAUAAAGUGAAU